ACGGAGUACACAGUAUCUAUCUACCUUUGUAGUACUGGUAUACCGCUGUCUGUCGCCUUUUCUCCACUGCAGUGGGGAUCGCCUCCUCUCCUCUUCAACAAAAAUCUCACUGCAUAUGACCUUAAUGCUCCUCCUGGCCAAUGGAUUCCCCAAGCCUCCCAUCACCCCAGGAGCCUGUCUCGUUGGCCCAAUCCCUCCAUGACGUCUUGUCAGACCUUCACCAGCGUCCAUAUCCCCACGUCCCCAAUCCGCCGUCGUGCAAGAAACGCGCCUCUGUCGCCCUCAUCCUUCGCGUCCGUCCCACAUAUAACCAUUGGCCUGAUCCCUCAUCCUUUCCACCCCCGACCGAUUCCGCCUCCGCCUCCGCCAAAACCCGCUUAGAUACUUUCUUCUUGCAGUCCUGGGUCCAGAACGGGGAGCCCGAGGCGCUGUUCAUCAAACGAGCCUCGAGGGUUGGAGAUCGCUGGACUGGCCAUGUCGCCCUCCCCGGUGGGAAGCGAGACCCGGAGGAUGCCGACGACAAAGAGGCUGCGAUCCGAGAGGCCUCGGAGGAGAUAGGACUUGAUCUGACUACGAAUGACUGUGUCUACGUUGGGAAUCUGCCGGAGAGAGUGGUAACUUCGAGCUGGGGCACUGUUCCGUUGAUGGUCCUUUGCCCUUACGUCUUCCUGCUAACGAGCAGCGACUCCCCGACCCUAAAACUACAACCCACAGAAGUGGCUUCAACCCAUUGGGUACCCCUCAGGGCCCUGCUCUCUUCGUCCUUGCGCACAGUGGAACAUGUGGACAUGUCUCAGCGGUUGGCGAAUAUGGGCGGGCUCAUAUCCCGCCUCGCAUACCGCUCCUUGAUGGGGUUCAUGCAGUUUGCUGCCAUCCAGUUAAGCCCAACUGAGAGCCUGCAGUGCAACUCGACUCCUGGAUAUGUUCCGGGGAACACCCAGCCGCCUGCGUCGCUGUUUCAGCGAUGGAAAUCGUGGUGCGUUGGCGGUCAAGCCGAGUCCAACACUCAGAGUCAACCUCUCCUACUCUGGGGCCUGACACUUGGGAUCUUGGCGGACUUUCUAGAUAUGCUUCCACCACAUACUGCUGUAGAGCUAUGGAAUUACCCGAAUUUUACCGCGCCUGACCUGCGACUGCUUAUAAAUACCCUUACAUAUCGUCUGCGGAAACGCAACCGACAGCAGGUCAAGUCUGGGGCCCGCCCCAGCAACACCGCAGUGGACAGUCAGACAGCUGCACUGCCCGUGACGAAGGUGACCAGCGAUUCGAAAGCCGAUCACAAUCAAGUCGGCAUUGGGGGACUUGGAGUGGGCAGGUAUUAUGGCCCGUCGGACCAAAGCCCCGACGAGAGUACAUAUGCAGUUGGUAUCAUGCUCAACGGCUACUACGACCGAGUCCGAGUCGCCAUCUAUAUGUUUGUCGUGUGGAGGAUCGCGCUGGGGUCGACAGCGGCCAUUUAUGCCUGGAAAUUGCUCCGUCGACUUCGGUAAAUGUGCCUCGUUCAUUGUUUAUAACCAGAUGGAGAUGUAAGCCAUGCCAAUAGAGUUGUUG